AUGAUGCUGUGGACGGGCGCCACCCGCCUGGACGCUGCAGGUCCAGUCAAACUCCAGGAGCUCGUUAGUGCAGUUCUUGAGCUACGUGGGCAUACCCACGCCACACUGCCCAGAAAGGAACCAUGUGGCGUGGGAUGCCCCCCCAAGCCAACGUCUCGAAUAUUUAAGGCUGAGGGAAGGUCAUGUCUACGGAAGGUUCCUGCCUUUCGUGCUUAUGAGGAUUCCGUCGUCGCCACGGCCCGACGGAAGAAUCAACUUCGUUUCCUCCGCGACUGCCUCGAGGAGCAGGUGCUUCCUUCCUCUAUUCAUAAUAUUCUGAAACUUUCAUUAGAAGGAUCUCCCUUUCCUGCCUAUGCUCGUUCUCUCCUCCUCGAACGGAUCCGUGCUGGUAAGAGGGAUGUCGAACAUGCCUUCUACCGUUCACGGGUACGUUCUGACUUCCUGAAGGAGCGGCUCCCCAGUCAUGUUUUCCAGCUCCUAGCCGACAUCGCCCACGAUUCUUCCCGGUCCCUCUCCAUCAACCACGGCCGCUCUCUCUCCCGGAAACUCUCCAGCCUCACCACCCGCAGUCCCUGGUCCCGCUUCUCCCUCACCGACGCUGUUACCAACCUAUCUUCCCUGACCUUGACCGCCCACCAGCAGCAACUCCUUGGCUUCGGUCUUUCCCUUGCUCUCCGCCCUCACCCCCAUACCUCCGUCGACAUUAUUUCAUCCUUUGACCGGUUCAUCUCUUCUCAUAGGAACUCCUUGCCUGAUGUCUCUCUCCUUCGUGGUGCUUUCAUCCCGGCCCUCGAAUCUCUCCUCCAUCCUAACCCUUCCAUCCCCAGGCGUUACCGUGAGGCCCUUCAAAGCCUGCGCAGGGAGGAUAUCACCAUUUUGCCUUCUGACAAGGGCAACUCGGUGGUGGUCCUCGACCGUGCCUCCUACCUGCAGAAGGCCCGGGACCUGCUGGAUGACGCUUCCACCUAUGCUCCCCUGACCAGCGACCCCCGGGAACGCAUUGCUGCCACUUUCCACCGUCGCCUGAAGGCGAUAGCAGCUCGUGUCCCGGAGGCGAACCUCUACCAGAGGUUCAAGGUCAUCAACCCUCGCCUCCCUCACUUCUAUGGGCUUCCUAAAACCCAUAAGCCGGCCGUGCCCCUGCGCCCCAUUAUCUCUUCCCGGGGAUCUGUGACGCACCCUCUGGCAGCCUGGCUGGCGAAGUCUCUCACUCCCCUUCUCGGCACCUUCUCACCUGCUCACCUCCGUCAUUCCCAGGACUUCAUCUCCCGGGUCCGGGGUGUCCCGCCGGCGACCAUGAUGAGCUUGGAUGUCGACUCCCUGUUCACCAAGGUCCCGCUAGAUGACGUCCUCGCUUUCCUAGAGAGGAGCCUCCCCCCAGAGGAUCCUCGUCUCCCUCUACCCACCGACGUCUUCCUCCAGCUGAUUCGUCUGUGUGUGGAAUCGAACUCCUUUUCAUUUGAGGGUCGCUUCUACUCCCAGACCUUCGGUGUUGCUAUGGGCUCUCCCCUCUCUCCGGUCUUGGCUAACCUGUUUAUGGAAUUCUUCGAAUCUGAGCUUCUCCCUUCCAUCUCCCUUCGUCCGACGGUUUGGCUGAGGUAUGUUGACGACGUCUUCGCUCUCUGGCCUCAUGACCCUGCACUGUUCUCGGACUUCCUGACCCAGCUGAACUCUCUCUCCCCUUCCAUCCGUUUCAAGGUGGAAUGGGAGGCUGACAACAAGCUCCCCUUCCUGGACACCCUAGUGCAUCGCUCUGCUGACCACUUCUCCUUCUCCAUAUACAGGAAGCCCAUGCAUAGUGGUAUGUAUAUACACUUCUUCUCUUAUCAUCCUCUUCAUGUAAAGAGAGGUGUUGCCACGUCGCUGUUCCUCCGCGCCCUCCGCAUCUGUGACCCUCAGUACCUGGAUGGAGAGAUCGACUUUCUGCGUCGUUCGUUCUCCAAACUGGGCUACCCUCGUCAUGUCCUCGACGCCGCGCUAUCCAGAGCACGGCGGACCUUCUACCACGAGUCCUCUCCUAAAGAGACUCCUCACCUGCCCACACUCAGCCUGCCCUACACGGAGGAGAUCCACUCUCUCCGCCGCCCUCUUCACACUCUCAAUUGCAGGCUGGUCUUUCGCCAGGUGAACACUCUCCGCCGUAACCUGGUCCACACCAGCCCUCCCUCUUCUUCGAAGGUGGGCACCUAUGCUGUUCCUUGUGGCUCCUGUGACAAGCAAUACUUUGGCGAGACGGGCGCUAGUCUCACUAAGCGCUUGUCUCAACAUAAGUAUGCUAUAUCCAGGGGACACAACAACAACGCUCUCUUCUGCCAUCAGUGGGAUACAGGCCAUCAGAUGGACUGGUCAGCGGCGCGAAUUGUCUUCCCCUCCGCUGACGUCCACGCCCGCAGACUGGUGGAAUCUUCCUUAAUAAAGCUGCUGCCUAAUUUCAACUUGAACAGCGGCUUUUCUCCCGCCGACAGCCUCCUCGCUUCACACAUCCUCCGCCUUCUCCCGUACGCCGGCCAUCCUGCACACAUUCCGCCCGACCCUCCGACCUGA